AUGUCAACCUACAAAGGCAGCACCCCCUCGACCAUCGACCCCCGCAUCGUCGACUUUUACGCCGAAUUCUACCGCAUCUCGGACGACCCGUCCGAGCAAUCCCACACAGCCUACGCCGACUCCGUCACCAAAGACGGCACGCUGAUCAUGGGCUUGAAGAAAGCCCAGGGCUACGAUGAGAUCUUGGAGCUCCGCAAGGGGUUGUGGUCCGGGCCGGUGAAGACGAGGAAGCAUACGCUGAAGCAGAUUUUCCCUUUUGGGGAGGGGAGUAAAGAGGUCAUGUUGCAUGGGAGUGUGGAUUAUGGGUUGAAGAAUGGGAAGGAUGUGAAUGUUGAGUGGGCGGGGAGGGCGGUUUUGGUGGAGGAUGGGGGCAAGUUGAAAAUGAGGGAGUAUCAAGUUUAUUUGGAUUCGGCGCCCGUGGUCAAUGCUAUGAAGGAUUGA